AUGGGAAACAUCUCUAGCCACGGUUCCAACAGCCGUCGUCGACACGGUUCCGCUUCACGGAGAACUCACCCACCGCCACCGCCUCCGGUAACACCUCAACCCGAAAUCCCUACACAUCAAUUUGUUUACCCUGCUGCCGCACCGUACCCGAACCCGAACCCUCCCAUGCAUUAUCCGCAGUAUCAUUAUCCUGGUUAUUAUCCACCGCCGGUACCUAUGCCACAUCCUCAUCAACAUCCUCAUCAUCAACAUCCUCAUCAACAACAGCAUCCUCAUCCGCAUAUGGAUCCCCGGUAUUACCCUUGCGGCCCGGUCAUGAAUCAACCUGCACCAUUUGUUGAGCACCAGAAAGCUGUUACUAUAAGGAACGAUGUUAAUAUUAAGAAAGAGACUAUUGCGGUUUCGCCUGAUGAGGAAAACUCUGGGUUCUUCCUUGUUUCGUUUACCUUUGAUGCCACCAUUUCUGGGAGCAUCACCAUAUUUUUCUUUGCAAAAGAAGAUGAAGGUUGCAUCCUCACACCGACCAAGGAAAACCAUCUUGCACCCGUGACUAUACAAUUCCAGCAAGGUCUUGGACAGAAGUUUAGACAGCAAGCUGGAACUGGUAUUAACUUUUCAACGUUUGAGGAGUCAGAUUUAUUGAAGGUGGGUGACAUGGAUGUCUACCCUUUAGCAGUGAAGGCAGAGGCAUCCUCUAAUAAUCAUGAUGAAUCAAAUGAAACUGUGGCAUCUGAUAAAACAAACUCUCAGAUAACUCAAGCAGUGUUCGAGAAGGAAAAAGGGGAAUUCCGGGUAAAAGUUGUUAAGCAGAUCUUGUCGGUGAAUGGCAUGCGGUAUGAGCUGCAGGAGAUAUAUGGUAUUGGAAAUUCAGUGGAGAGUGGCGUGGAUGACAACGACCAAGGAAAGGAGUGUGUGAUCUGCUUGUCAGAGCCUCGUGACACAAUUGUUCAUCCCUGCCGACAUAUGUGCAUGUGUAGCGGAUGUGCAAAGGUUUUGAGGUUCCAGACAAAUAGAUGCCCGAUUUGCAGACAACCAGUUGAGAGGCUUUUGGAGAUAAAGGUAGGGACUGAGGAGUAA